AUGGUUGUAUCAGGGAUGCAACUGUCAAGGCAGACACUGGCAUGUCGACAAGAUCUUUGGCUUCAGCCGUCCCCUCGAGGCUCAUCGCGGCGCCCAAGGGAGACGGCUGGCAUGGAAAUGGAGGAGAGAUGGGACUCGAAUCAACAGAAUAAAAGAAGCUGGGCAUCGCAGAAAGAACCAUCUUGCUGGGCAAGAUACGAUGCAGAGACCUCUGGCCACAGUCUUGGAACCUCUGCUAUCACACUCACGAUAAUCCCCGCUCGACUUACAUGGGCGCGAACGAACCCAAAUCAGGCCAUGCUGAUUACCCCACCUGGACACAAGUACGACACUACGGAAACCUGCGAGUCGGGACUGGAUGUGAACGGAACGUUGUUACCGGGCUGGGGGUCAUUGUGUGGAACCUGGGGAAGGGGGGUCGCGCCCGUGGCAGCUUCGAGGAGGGGGGGAACGUGA